GCAGCAGUGUCCUCAGAAGACUCAUUGGGCGAAGGGCCCCCCACCAGCCUUGGGUGAGAGCUGCAAGGGCACUGGCUGGCAGCCCUGCUACUCAGCCUGGCUGGCCUGGCCAUAGGCUCCCUGGAGCAGUGUGGGCGGGGCUCUUCCCCCUCCUGUGACUAACUAAAGUCUGUGAGUCACUGCACAACCCAUCAAUCCCAUUAAAUGCCGUGUGCGGGCAGGCGGUGCUGCUCCCGGCGCUGCCCCAGCCCCCGUGCAUGGGCUGCCGCCGCUUCCCCCUCUGAUACAUGGCUGGCUGGCUGGACUUGCUACAGUGUCACAUCCUCCCCGCCAGCUGCAGCACCAACUUCCCCCCCAGCUAGUCUCCUCCUGCCCGGGGCUGCUGCAAAGUGAUGGGAUAGAGCAAAGCCACUCCAGCACCUGGGCUCCUAUUUAUUACAGUCUGUCUCCCUGUCCUGUUCCUCGGUGGUUGUUCUUCUUCCUCUCUUCCCUUUCCCCUUUAUUUUAUUCCUCUCUUUCCCCCUUGUCUUGGAGCCUAGAUUUGUUGAGUUCUUCUGGAAAGGAAUCCACGUAUAACAAACUCCAAGUCAGCAGCUUUAUGAAGAACCUACUUCAUGACACGUGUGAGGAGUGCAAGUACUGAGUUUUGUGGAGGAGCUGGGAAGAUCUUCUACUGCUUUCCCAGGCUCAUGGGAGGAGAAGGGAUGGGACAGAGAAAGCUCCCAAGGGAUUGGGCAGCAUACGUUCUCUCUGGCCCUGCAGUGACAUCCCGCUGCCUCCAAGGGAGAGGAAUGAAGGUUUCCCUGCUGCUCCCCUUUCCUUGACUUGUGUGAGAGGACAGUGACAUUUCCUCUUUCCAGAGGAAAAGGGGAGUGAGAUAGUAGCACCCCUUAUGAAAAAUCAGCAUCAGAUAUAUGUUGGGAAAAGGAGGAAAGCGGAAGUUUGACGAGCAUGAAGAUGGGCUGGAAGGCAAAGUGGUGUCUCCUACUGACGGUCCAUCUAAGGUGUCUUACACCUUACAGCGCCAGACUAUCUUCAACAUUUCCCUUAUGAAACUUUAUAACCACAGGCCAUUAACAGAGCCAAGCUUGCAAAAGACAGUUUUAAUUAACAACAUGCUGAGGCGAAUCCAGGAGGAACUCAAACAAGAAGGUAGCUUGAGGCCUGUGUUCAUCACCACUUCACAGCCUACUGACCCUCUGGGUGACAGCUUUCGAGAGGCUCAGCCUGCGUUCAGUCAUCUUGCCUCUCAGCCAGUUCACCCCACUGACCUAGUAAGCACUACACCAUUGGAGUCUUGCCUCACCCCAGCCUCUCUGCUUGAGGAGGACACUUUUUGCACUUCCCAGACUGUCCAGCAUGAUGGUCCUACAAAACUACCACCUCCAGCUGUCCAACCAGUAAAAGACAGUUUCUCCUCGGCCUUGGACGAAAUUGAGGAGCUCUGUCCAACACCUACCUCUACCGAGGCAGUCGUAGUAGCAACAGAAGCAGCAGCAACAACAGAUGACUCUAAAGAUAACUCCAGUGAGUCUAAUGUUCAAAAGUCUGAGGGAGUCCAAGAGAGCAGAACAAGUGAAUCAAAACUCAUGGACUCUUUACCCGGCAAUUUUGAGAUAACAACUUCCACAGGUUUCCUUACAGACUUGACCUUGGAUGAUAUUCUGUUUGCUGACAUUGACACGUCUAUGUAUGAUUUUGACCCUUGCACAUCCGCUACAGGAGCUGCCUCAAAAAUGGCUCCUGUGUCAGCAGAUGAUCUCCUAAAAACUCUAGCCCCCUACAGCAGUCAGCCAGUAACCCCAAAUCAGCCUUUCAAAAUGGACCUCACAGAACUGGAUCACAUAAUGGAGGUGCUUGUUGGGUCUUAAAGUAUAAUGACUUUUUAUGUACCAGUAUAUACACUUGGUAGUAUUUUCACAACCCUUCCCUCCCUCCCCGCCCCUCCAAAUUCACAGCACUGUGCAUGCGUCCUUGCUUGCCUUUUUUAAAAGAAAAGGAUCACACUAGUUUUUGCUUCAAGCAGAGUUGGAGUGCCUUCAUCCAUGUAUGACCACUUUCAAUGUAUUUUUUUAAAGUGGUUCCUCAAGGAAGACCUAAUACCCUGGUAUAGGAAAGAAUGCAUAUUGUAGACAAUAUUACUAUGAUCUUACGACAAACAAAUUGAAUUGUAAAAGCUAAGCACAAGGAUUAUGUUGGGGAAAGCUGUAAAUUUGCAUGUGCAUAUUUGUCUAUUUUUUCUAUAAGUUUUAUUGCAAGAGGUAAAAAAUUUAUUAUUUAGAUAAUCUCAGUACCUUUUUGGCAUUUUAGCCCUGUAUAGGUUGACUUAGCAAUUCAGCCCUUUGGAGGCAUUAACUAGUCUUCUUUAAGUGUUGCAUUUACAUGGCUGUUCAGAAACUGCUGCCCAAAUUUAUUUUAUAUUUUUGUACAGAUUCUGCAGUUUAUUAUAUUGUUUUUUCUAAAAAAAAAAAUGCUGUUUAUACACACAAAAAAUAGCUAUUUUGAUAGGAUUUGCUCACAUAGUUCCUGCAUAAUUGAUGUACAAGAACCACUUGUACUUUUAUACAGAGUUGUAAUGUUUUAUAUGUGUAUGGUGCAAAGAGAAAAACGGAUCAAAUAAAUCUGCAGUUGGGUCUCCCUGAAUGCAAACAGUGCUUUAAGAAAGGGCUGGGGCUGUUUCACAAGAGUUUCACAAAUAUUUACUCGCUGCUGUAGCCACCUGUGCACUACUGUGAUUUGUAAAACCUUAGAGCCAUGUCUACUCCAAGACCUAUGUUAAACAGUUGGCAGGAGAUAAUUGUGAAAUUUCAUUCUAAGUGUUCUCUUGUGAGAUCAAGGCUACUGAAAACCUGAUCCUGAAGCCAGUAUGUCAAGCAAAUGUAUAAUCUUUUUUUUUAUUUUUAAGCAAAGUUUUUGGGUUUUUUUCCCCUAAAUUUGGAACAGCCAAUUGUCUUUGUUACUUGAAAUGUGUUACCAUUUUAGCAAGUCAGCAUUUCCUUAGCUGAAGUUACUGCGGAUGAUUUUAAUGGGAAUAUACACGCCAUUUACAAACAAUACAUCUCGUUGUAAUUUUUCUUAAGGCAUACGUGGUAUUUGUUCCAGUUAAUUUGUGUUCAAGAUUCCACUUGCCCUUUCUUGGAGCAUUCUUUCUCCCUCACUGUGUUAAUGAGUGCUGAAAAAUGCAACUUCAGUAUUACUGCAGUGAAGCUCAUCUCUUAUCUGCACUGGAUGGACUUAUCUUCGUAUCCAUUGCUGUUGAAACUGGAGCCAGUUGUGUUACAUCACUUGGCAUCUCCUCUAGGGUUCGUUUCUUGUUACCUGCUUUACACUUUAUAGACCUGUUUUACAAUGAAUAUACAGACACAGCUUUCUAUGCAUGUUUCCCUCCCCCGUAACACCUGAGAAGUCUUCUCAUUACUGCACCAGUAGCAUUUCUGUAUUCAUUGUGGUGUACAUUUAAUUUAAAAAACCGUUUGCAAUGUAUCAUGCCUGUUGCUGAAAUUGCUAUGGCAUUUUAAUUUUUCAAUGGUACUUUAGCUGAUGAGUGCAGGUUACAACCUAUAUUGUUGACAUGCCUAUGGCUUCUUUAGGAAUAACUUUUAUAUUUAUUUAAGAAAUUUUAAAUUAUGUUUUUAUGUCAUUUGGCAAUAUUCAGUCAAUUCUGCUCACUUCUUGUCAUGGAUAAAAUUGGGUCUUGUCUGCCUUUAAAAAGGCAGCUUUAUAAAUUGGCACUUUAAACAGGCCAUAUAUAUUUACUAGUAAAUAUAUAUAAUGCACACACAUAACACAAAGCAAAUAAAUUUUGCAAUGAAGGAACUGCUACUCUAAAUGCAAUGCAUCAUACAAUUAGGAAAUGCUUCUAGAUCCUAAUUAAUCAGCCAGUUUUAGUAUAUUUUAAAGAGAAUUACUAACUGACACAAGAUGUUGAUAUAAUCACAAUAGUUUGCUUACAAUAUUAGUAUUUUAUGACUUCAAACAGAAUGGCAUCAACCAACUGUAGAAUUAGGGACCAUUUUUAAUUGCCGGCGCAGGGCCAGCUAGGGAAAGGUUGCUCUAUUUUGCAUCCAGUAAUGUUUGGCUGUUGUUCAUUCAGCAGCUUCCAUUCCUUGUGAGAGAACAAUCCUGCCACAGACUCCGCAACUUUUGUAACUGGAGCACCCAAGAAACCCUGGCUACAACAAGGUGCAUCAAUCUGUAUACAAAACCCUAAAGCCAUGCAAUAAUGUUGAUUGUUCAGAACAAUAACAUGGUAAGCAGUUGAUUAUCGUUGUUCUAAGUUAUUGUAAAUCGGUUCUUAACAACUGCCCUUUCUUUGGAUUAGUUAAUUGUGUUUUUAGACAAGCACCAUAUGUUAGGCAACAGUUCAAAUAAAUGCCAUUUUCAGAGCAGUGAACUGCUGUUUAAAAAUGGUUGUUUGAAGUCUCUUUGUAUUUCCAGAACAGGAGACAGGAUCUCAAAAUAUACUUUACCACUCAAAAGAAAUCUGUGUAUUCUUGGUAAUAAAGUAGGGAAAUCCUUAAUAACAGAGUACUUAAAGGAAAUUGGCAGGAGAUACACAAAGAGCAAAACACCUGAUUUAUAAAAUUAGGCAGAAGGUCAGUAAUUCUUAUUUUGAACUGUAACCUUUAAUUCUAUAGAUUGAAAUGCUUGUUGGAAUCUUCUACUUUGGCAGUAACUUUCUUUCUAUAGCAUGGCCUUCUUGCAAAGGUCAGAGUAUAACAGUCAGGAUAAGAAUUCUUUAUAAAAGAUGAAUACCCAGGUGAUGGAUAUUGACAAUGAUGUGCAAUGAAGUGACAAGAUGGGAGCAGAACAAAAGAGCUUUGGAUUUGAAGUGAUUUUUUCAUAAGUUAUUUAUUCCUUUUUUUCAUUGUAAAUAUAUUUAUUUUAUUGUGAAGCUAACAACAUCUGGAUUGUAACAUGUACAGAAUGUAUGGUAGGAAUGUAUUCUCUUGUAGGAAUGUAAAUCUGUAUGAAAAGGGGAUGGGAGCCUGAUUCAGAGAAAAUGCAUUGGGUUCUAUUCGGGAUAUGCACAGUUCACAUUAAUCCCCCCCCGCCCCCUUUCCAGUAUGGGUCUUGUUGUUUGAAAUAUGCAAAAAGGAUGGAUGAGGGAGACUUCAAUACUCAAAAUUACUCAUAAAAAUCAGGCUUGUAAUGCGUCAGUUCCUUUAAAGGGGCUUGCUCUUGCACCCUUUAAAGUUGGAUGGAGUCUUGAGUAGAUGCAGCAGCAAGGUCAGCAUACCAUCGCUGUUCCUUUAGGGCGUGAUCUUGUAAAUGCAUGAGUAAGGGCAGGUCUACACUACCACUUAAGUCAAUCUAACCUGUGUCACUCAGGGGUGUGAAAAAGCCCCUGCUCCCCCCCCCCCCCCCCAGCGCAAGUUUCGCUCUGUCCACACCAGCACUAUAUCGGCGGGAGACGCUCUCCUGCUGACGUAGCUUGGGUGUCUCACCGAGGUGCCGAUGGGAGAGCACUCUUCCGUCAGCAAAGCACGUCGUCACCAGACGCGCUACAGCAGCACAGCUGCAUUGGUGCAGCUGCGCCGAUUCAGCGCUGUAGCGUAGACUUGCCCUAAAUCUUUACUCAUGCAAGCAGUCCCCGUGAAGUCUGUGGGGCUAUACGAGCGAGCAAGAGUUUGCAGGGUGGUGCCCUUGCUCCAGGAAGUGCAACAGAACUGACACUGCAUUUGUGCAAAAUGGUAAGACACGGACAAAAAGUUGUAAAUGCACUUUCCAAGUGCACCAUGUUUUUUUGCAUGGGUUUUGAUUUUACUGUUGCUUACUGGGCCUGAUCAGGCAGUCCUUGCUCAUACGUAAUUCGCAUAGUUUUUCGUGGGAAUUUUGCUAGCAGUACAGGAUUGGGCCCCAAUAACAGUCCCUGCUCAGAGUCUGAGUGGACUGUACAUAUCUGUAUGCAAAGCAAGGAGAGAUUCCUUUUAAAAGAAACUUUGAGGAGCAGUAAAGUAUUAAAAAUUAAAGGCAUCUAUUUAGUCAUGUUCCUUGCAGUAAGCUACAAAAUAAGAUGAUCGAGACGCCACCUGAAAUGCCCAGUGUGAGAAUAAACUCUGGCCUUGUGCUGCAGGCAUUGUAUUUUUCUCCCCGCUGUAUGUUAAUAGCCUGCAUUGUUUAAAACUCAAGUGCUGUGAUUCCAAAGUUUACACUUUCUUCAAAAACUAAAUGAGCAAAUUGUAAUAGUUCCUGCCUGAGAAAUGGUUUAAUUCACUCCAAAGAGGUGUAAACAUUGAUUUAAUUUUGAACAGAUUUCAGCAUCCUGCUCUUGUGAAAGUUGCUUUCAGUACAUACAUUAAUGAGUCUGAAUGUUUCUCAGAAAUUAGCUCAUUUUAAGCUCCCCCACCCCCCUUUCAGAAAAUAGGCCUAAUGCAAAUUCUGGAAUCUUUUUUAAAAAAACAAAACCUUUUUCGAGGGUUAACAAUGUAAUCCAUGCUAGAAUCUGUAAAGGCAGAGAUUCUGGAAAAGGUGUAUAUAGUGUGACAUGUUCAGUGCAUGGUUGUUGAACAGGGCUUGUUAUUGUCAAAAAGAAGGCUGUAUUUUUUUUCCCCCCCACAGACCUUAGCGCUGUGCCUUUUCUAUGCAAUAUUACAGACAUAUACAUCUGAAACCAGAUUACUGUAUUCACAUGUAGGUAUGGGCUGUAAUCAAAACAAUUGGACAAAUGUACAUGGAAAUGAGCAGUCUUACUUUUGUAGUUUUAUAUUAUACAAUAAACAAUUAAAAGAUACAAAA